UGAAUAGGGUAAUCUUCAGUCUAUGACAACCCAUCUCAUCCCAAUCUAGAAGACUACACCUAAAAAAAAUAGCGGGGGGAAUAGCAACCUUUUGGCACCACUGGUGUGCACCGCUAGCUAGAGUCCACACCAAGGGUGGCUUUGCCCAAUGGAGGAAAAAAUGUGAAAUUCUGACGAAUGCAGGCCCCGGAAGACAUCUUUGGUUCACAAAGAGUUGUCGAUUUGAAUACACGAUACCGCUGACCAGGCCAUGAAAUUAGGGGGGUGGUACAUGCUUUUUUAUACUGUAUCAUUUGACAUUAUUCAUCAUUAUUUGGUGCGAUUUUCCCGAUUUCCGAUUGACCGCGAACUCAAGCGUCCACGUGACCAAGGCUUGCCGUCGCGUUUGCCGUUCGGAGUUUACGUUUAGUACGGCUGGGGACCCCUUCUAGAGGGCGUCAGAGGCAUGUACAGGCAGCUACCCGGAGUGUGGAUCAUCGCAUGGCUUGUCACGGUGCUGGCAGUGUCAAAAGGAAAUGCAGCCCUCUCGAGCAUAGAGAAAGUCCUCGUGGAUGAUCUACUGAGUAACUAUCGCAAGGAAGCGCGUCCCGUCAGCAACCCGAACGUGACGACGAACGUGACGUUUGGAAUGGAGCUGGUGCAGCUUGUACAAGUGCAAGACCGUCACCAGAUGAUAACAACGAAUGUGUGGGUGAGACAGAUGUGGAAAAACGAGCUCUUAACAUGGGACCCCAGCAAAUAUAAAGGCAUUACAAGAGUAAGGCUGGAUGCGAGCCAAGUGUGGAUACCGGAUAUCGUGUUAUAUAACAGUGCCGAUAAUGACUUCAGUGGUGGCACGGAAAAGUUCAAGACACCGAUCAUCGUUGACUAUACCGGACAGACCAGCUGGUUUUGUCCGGCGUCUUUCACCAGCACGUGCAAGAUUGACGUCACUUACUUCCCCUUCGACGUCCAGACAUGCGCAAUGAAGUUUGGAUCAUGGACUUUUGAGGAAAUCGAUCUAAACAUGCUGCCUGAGAACAGCUCAAUGACGUCCAAAUACGUCGAGAGUGCCGAAUGGGAGCUUCUGAAGACUACCAGGAAACGAAACGCCGAGAAGUACUCGUGCUGCAAAUACCCUCUCACAGACGUUACCUUUCACAUCAACAUUAAGAGGAAACCACUUUUCUACAUCUUCAACCUUGUAGUGCCGUGUAUGAUAAUACUUUCCAUGAUCCUGCUUGGCUUCUUCUUACCGCCAGAGUCUGGGGAGAGAAUAACACUCAGUAUUACCAUAUUGCUUGCGAUGGCUGUGUUCCUGCAACUUGUUGGAGAGAGUCUUCCUCGAAACUCAGAGACGAUUCCCUUACUAGGAACGUUUUACAUAGCGAUCAUGGCGGAGAUCUCCAUCUCCCUUAUGCUGACUUGCUUCGUGCUCAAUAUCCACUACCGAGGCACCGGCAACACAGCUCAAGAAGUGCCCAUGUGGGCGAGGAUUGUCAUGCUCCAAUGGCUUGGAUACCUUCUCUGUGUCAGGCGCCCGGACGGCAGCAAACCUGCCAUUCACUCGGACAAGACCCUCAUCAGAGACACUCGUAAGAAGGGGGGGUACUCCGUGUCGCUUGCGUAUGAAUACGCAGACAUGGGGUUCGCACCAUCCGGGAACUGCCACUGUAGUCGAUGCACGCAUGCGCGCUUGCAGUACGGGACUCAGGACCGUAAUCACGUGCAUCAGGACCGUAAUCACGUGCAUAGUCCUGAGGAUGGUAAAUACGUGGAAAACCGGUACCCAGGGGAAGCGUCGCCUAUUGGAUCACCCGGAUGGAAGCGGCGUCCAACGGAGCCUACGCUAGCCGAGGAGAUAAGUGUACUCUCUAACAGUAUCAGGCAACGAGAGAAGGUUGAGAAGCACCAGGAAGACUGGAAGUACUUCGCGAUGGUGAUGGAUCGCCUGUUUUUCUGGCUGUACUGCUCCACCAUCCUGAUCUCGUCCUUCACCAUCAUACUGCAGCGGCCCUCUGGCGAACCAGACAAUUGAAGAGAAAGGAGACCUCAGGCGAGAGACAAUUGAAGAGAAAGGAGACUUUAGGCGAGAGACAAUUGAAGAGAAAGGAGACUUUAGGCGAGAGACAAUUGAAGAGAAAGGAGACCUCAGGCGAGAGGUCAAUUGAAGAGAAAGGAGACCUUAGGCGAGAGGACAAUUGAAGAGAAAGGAGACCUUAGGCGAGAGGAUAAUUGAAGAGAAAGGAGACCUUAGGCGAGAGGACGAAGACUUGGACGACAAAGCAAGCAAGCGAACUGGAUUUAAAAUUAACUCAAUUAAAUUUUAACUCUUAAAAAUGUGUUCUUUUAAGUCGAGUUUUGAAGUCGACGAACAGUGUUCGCCUUUAUUCACUUUUCAUCUAUUCAAUUGCGGAUGUAAAUGGUUCAAGUCGAGCCGUCGUUGCCUAAUAGAGGCUUCUCAUUUUCGCCAUGUUCUGGCUUACUUGGAAGAGAGAGGAUUUGGCACGAGUUAGUCCGAUGUGUACAAAAGGGAUCGGUCUUUUCUCUUGGCAGGAAUGUGUUAGAAUACAGACUUCCUAGGCAGAGAAAGUUGAGUCUCCCGACAGCGUACUAUAAUAGUAGAAACGUAUAUACGUAUAGAAACGUAUAUUGAAACUAGA